CUGGGUACGAGGGUUGUGUUGUGUCCACAGAGGAGCCCAAGGUGGGCAUCAAGACCAUCAAGGUGUACUGCCAGCGCAUGCAGGAGGAGAACAUCACGCGGGCGCUGAUCGUGGUGCAGCAGGGCAUGACGCCCUCCGCCAAGCAGUCCCUGGUGGACAUGGCCCCUAAGUAUGUACUGGAGCAGUUCCUACAGCAAGAGCUGCUCAUCAACAUCACGGAGCACGAGCUGGUCCCUGAGCAUGUGGUCAUGACCAAGGAGGAGGUGACGGAACUGCUGGCCCGAUACAAGCUUCGGGAGAGCCAGCUGCCCAGGAUCCAGGCCGGGGACCCAGUAGCACGCUACUUUGGGAUCAAGCGAGGACAGGUCGUGAAGAUCAUCCGACCCAGUGAGACCGCUGGCCGCUACAUCACCUACCGCCUGGUCCAGUAGGCAGCGCAGGUUAAAUCCUAGCACUCUGGAGACUGAGGCAGGAGGAUUGCUGCAACUUCAAGGCAAGUGUGUGGACUCUUUAGCAAGAACUGGUCCAGCGCCAGUGUUCUGGUAUGAGACCCUCGUCUGAAAAACAAUAAACCGGAACCCCCACACAGCAUGGGUCAUGCUCUGGAACCCCCAGGAGCCAGCUGAUCUGCUGUCCCAGCUCCCCAGCACCCUCCUGCCUGGCACCCUGAUGAAUAGUUGACCCUUGUCUGCUGCUCCCAUGGGCCCAGGGCAUGGGCCAGAACCUGUUAGCCUUUUGACCAAAAGGUCGGUCUCGUCCCGUCGUCGUGUCCCCCCCCCCCCCCAGUGUCUCGGGGAUGUGGCCCUAGACAAGGCCAGCACUGCCACCAGGCGGCCUCCCUGUGUACCCCAAGAGCACUGGCCACACCCCAAGUCCUUUGUCACUCUGGGGUCCCCAUCCUGCUUAGAGUUCUCCAUUCUCGUAGGACUCUGUUUUGAGAAUUAAAGAUGUUUUUGAGGAGAUAAA